UUACAAAAAAAAGGUAUAAUAAAUAUACAAUAAUAUUAACAAAAUGUAAGUCGUGUCCGAUUAUCAUACAGGUACACCAAACCCCACGCUUCCUCUCGUUUCUUCUUCCUACGCGAUCAAGCUCGAUCCUUCUCCUUCUUCUUCCCCAAAACGCUCCUCCCCCACCCCCCUCAAAAUUCUCGCCAUCAAACCCUAAAUCCAAUCGCAACAGCUUCUUCUUCUUCUUCUUCUACUUCUUCUUCGAUCGAACCCUAGGUGUGGGUGCGAUGAGGAAGAGGGAGAGGGAGAACCCGUGCAUGAUCUGCGGCCACUACCACAAGUACGAGGCCGGCGAGGUGUGCGGCGUCUGCGGACACCGCAUGCCGGCGAACGUCGAUCGCCCGGCCCACCAGGGCGGCGGCGCCUUCCCCUCCGAGAUCCUCAGGGACUUCCUCUACCUCGGGAGCUACGACAACGCCUCCCGAAGCGAGCUCCUCAAAACCCUAGGCAUCUCCCAUGUCCUCAAUACUGUGCCAGCUUGCCAGAAUCUCUACAAGAACUCUUUCACUUACCACUGCCUCCAAGAUGAGAAGAAUUUGCAAUUUGAUGAUGCCGUCCAAUUUCUAGAGCAGUGUGAAAAGGAAAAAGUGCGUGUACUUGUCCACUGCAUGUCAGGGAAGAGUAGGUCUGCCGGGAUUGUAAUUGCUUUCUUGAUGAAGUCUAAGGGUUGGAGGCUUGCCCAAUCCUUUCAAUGGGUGAAAGAACGAAGACCACUAGUGGACUUAUCAUCAGCUGUCCAGCAGCAGUUGCUGCAGUAUGAGCAGAGGAUAUUCGGGUCCAACUGCGCCGCCACUGCGGUUCAAACUUUUCCAUCAACGGAUUCACUCCCAUCUUUCGGAUUCGGGUUCCCAAAACCACCCGCUAAUAUUCCAACCCCAGCUUUUAAUCAGAAUACCUCGUCUUCCAUUUUCGAGCGUGUCGGCCUUCAAAGUUUUCCGAGUGGCUUCACCUUUGGAGGAGGGAGGGCCACAGAACAAAAAGUUGCCAAUAAUAAUAACACUUUCGGCAUUAUCCCUUCAGCUGGGAAUGAAGCCCUAAUGGACAGCUCUUAAGAGAGAGUGAGCCCUCUUUGCUUCAACACAUGAUAAGGUGGGGAAAAGGGAAAAAAAAAAAAAGAAAAGAAGGAAAAACCCUAACAUUUGAAGCAAAAUGGGCGGAUAAGCAUAACUCUGCAAGGUAAGUUGUGUACUUUAAGAUGUUCCAGACUUUGGGCAAAGGAUUUCAUGUACAACAAGGUCAUGGAUGCAUGGUAUCUAAAUUACAUGGUGGUACCACACUCUCUUUGUAUGAGUUAUUAAAAUUACUGUUUAUACGUAGUUGUCUAUUGAGUUUCCUGUGUUGUUAAUUUAUUCCUGGUUAUGUUCCAUAAUUUUAUCAGCUGAGUUUUGUAUUGGCUUAGCAUGAUAAUUGAGACAUUGCCCAAGACUAUGUCGAAUUUGAACAAAGUUAAUCGCAAAUUAUCGUAGGGCCAAGUUUGUUUGCUGGUUA